UUUCAGUCAGAGCUGCCUUCCUUUUUCACAUGCUGCCCAGCCUUGCAACAAGUUUUCACAUUAGUGCUCAGACAUAAUAGUUAAAGACCAACAUCGUCUGGAUCCUUUUCACAAUGCAGCUCCCAAUUCUGUUUUAUCUCACUGUAAUGUGGAUACUGCUAUCACAAGCUAAAGACACAGGUGACCCUAAAUGGAAGAUAAACGUGAAUCAGAACAUAACUGCAACAAAAGGCUCAAAUAUAAUCAUAUUCUGCACAUUUGAAACUCCUCCGGAACAAAAAACAAACAUUACAGUUUACUGGAAAACAAAUGGAAGAAGCAGCUGCAGCAGGAACGACAACGACAAGCUGGCAUUUGCUUUUCAUCCUAGCUCCUCUUGCAUAGAUCCACACUUCCAGGGAAGGACAAAACUAAUUGGAGAAGCCAGCGAUGGAAACUGCUCUCUGCAAAUCUUCAAUAUUAGGAAAACUGAACCAUCAAUCUACGUGCGGGUUUCUGGACGGAGCGACUACUACAGCUUCAAGAAACAUGCCGUCAAAUUUUAUGUGGAUGAAAAAAAUUUAAGUUCCUUGAGUCACACAGAUUAUCCCUCAUUUGAGUUUACAACAAGCGCCAUGCCUGAUGUGCAUGACGAUGGGAACAUCAAGAUGUACCUGGCCAUCUUUGUGCCACUUCCCAUCAUUCUCAUCAUUGCUGCAGCUGGGAUAGUCGCUUACAAAACGUACAAGAGGUCACACACGUUCAAACGGCAGGAAUCUGGAUAUUAUGCAAACUUCAGACAGGCAUCAUCAACCACUGCCAAAAGUGAAUCAAUUUGUGAAACAUCAAACCAGAUUAAUCCAGAUCCAAACGUUUAUGAACCUAUUUACCUGAAUAUUCAGAUAUCAGCAAAUCAAAUGGACCAACAAGUGGAAACUGUAGACAAUAUAUAUGGAAAUGUGGACUCUGCAACUUAGAAAAAAACAAAUGUCUCGAAGCUUUCAUCCUAACGAAUUAUAUUUUCCUGCAUCGUCUUAGGUGUUCAAAUACAAAAGUGCAGUCAGAAGCACCUAAAGUGUGUCAACUGGAUUGCCAAGAAUACACUGGUUUGCAACACAUGCAUGGAAACUCCAAAGUUUAAUGAAAAGGAAACUGUAUUCAGCUGUCAGGACUGGCGUCGCAAUCUUAAUUAUGCAAACAUGACGUGCAGGUGCCCGUCCCUGAUUGGCUACCAGAAGACGGUGGAGACGUCCAAUUGGUGGCUUACUGGAGGUAAAAACUUCUGAUGCGGACUUCCUGCCAUCCAUCCUCAGCUCAUCUCAACUGAGCUGUGGAGCUGCUGUUUAUGUUUGCUUAGUUUUCUCAUGUUUUUUUAAUUAGGGACGAAUGUUUUUGUCAUUUGUUUUAUUUACUUUCAAAUAGGUAGGUUUUAAUAUCCACAUGUAGCUUCUUUUUGUUUAUUGUUCUCGACACUAUGGCUCAUUCUGAAGCCGUAUGCUCUACUUGUUGUAACAUCUCAUUC